AUGUCCACUUCAAUUUAUUCAUCUACCCCGGAUGAGAAGUUCCAUUAUCUUCUCGAGGCUAUUAAACGAUCAAACAUGAUCUGUUUCCAGUUGUACACCAAAGAAAAAAAAAUUCAUGAUGAAAGCACGCGAUAUGUACUCUCAGACCAAGCUAUUGUUGCUCUUGCCUGUAAGCAGCCUACAACAACUGAUGAAGUGUAUGAUUCGAUAGCUCAAGCUGAUUUGGCUACAGAGUCUUCACCAAGCUUGAGUUUCUCAAUUCAGUCGUCUCCAUCUUCUGUUGUUUGUAGUCAUUUGGAUGAUGUUUAUCAAAUGACUAGGGACAAGUUAGCUAAACUGGAUGCUCUUUUUACCACUAGUUCUUGAGAAAUGUUAUGUCCAGUUUCUGUCUUCAACUAUUCCCUUUUGAUAAACUUCAAGACAAAACUCGGUGUCCACUCUGGUCUCAAGCAAAAUGGUCAUAAGAAAAACUUUGGUGUCACUCGGAAGUCAUCGAGAGAUCUUUUUGCCAAGAAGUUUUCUUGCAAGGCUCCUGUUUAUCACAACUACAGAAUAAACGCAAAUGAUGGACGGUUGCUAUGCUACUGCGAUAGAAGAAAGCUUGAGUGGUAUCUGAACCGUGGUCUUGCGAAGCUAGUUCAAGAAGAAGCACCUGCGAUAAUGAUUUUGUUCGAACCUAAAGGACGUCGUCCAGAAGAUGAAGGGAAUGGCUUUUACAUUCAGACCAAGAAGAAAUGUGUUGGAUGUGGAGAAGGGAAUCACUAUCUGCAUUACGGGAUAAUACCUUCUUGCUAUAGAGUUCAUUUUCCAGAGCAUUUAAAAAGUCACAGGUCUCAUGAUAUAGUUCUAAUCUGUGUGGGCUGUCAUGAAGUUGCGCAUGCUGCUGCAGAGAGGUACAAGAGACAAGUCGCUAUAGAGUUUGGCAUUCCUCUUUUUGUUCGUAGAGUACUUGAUUCAAAAGAAGCACAAGGGCAGCAUCUUCUGUUGGAGUGUGAUGAAUCAAGGGGUAAUAACGUUGAGGAUGCUGGUGUCUCUCCGUUACAUCUUAGAACAGCAGCAAUGGCGCUCUUGAGACAUGGGAAUAGAAUGCCAUCUAGUCGCCAUGAGGAAUUGUUGCAGACUGUAAAGAGUUAUUAAGGUGGACGGGACAUAUCUGAAGAAGAUUUGGAGAGAGCUCUGCUCAUUGGGUUGAGCCCUCACGAGAGACGCAAACUCGAAAGAAAGAAAGAAAGGUGUCUCUCUCAAAUAUUCUGCAGAGGUUGCUCAUAUGGGCAAACAAGAAACCAGUAGCAACCAGUAUCAUAUGAUAUAUAUAUAUAUAUAUAUAUAUAAUGUUGUCAUGGUUUCUUCAAAACCUGUUUAGGUGAUAAAGGCUAUGCAUAAUGAUAUAUGUACUGAUGAUGCAAACAGUUUUUUUUUAAAAUCUUGUUCAGUUGAAGAACAUGGCGAGGAAGCUCUUGGAGAUUCUGAGAAAGACAAAAAUGAAGAAAGUAGGAUAGUUGCAGAUGAUAGUGGAGGAGAUGGAGCUUUAGAGCUAAAUGAUACUAAGUGUAAUGGAAAUACAUCGCAGCAACAGAACUCGAAACUCCCCUUGCUAGGACAUGGACCGCACGGGAAACAGGUUGUGGAGUAUCUCUUAAGGGAACAUGGAGAGGAUGGUGCAAGGGAUUUCUGCCAAAGGUGGAUACACAACUUUGGGGGUUUACAUCGCAAUACUUACCGACAGUUGCCUUCACUCCCUUGGGGGGGGGGGGGGGGUUUAAUGUUUGGAUGCUUUAUGACAGACAACUUUGGUGUCAAAACUAAAGCAAAUUUGUGUGGACCUUGUUCUUUACAAGGGUUGGGUUUGAUUGUUUUGUUACCAGUGGCCGAAGAGACUUUGGAGAGUUCAACGUUUAUAAUCCCUCAAAGAGACACUCAGCCGAGUAACUCAUCUCAACC